AUGCUUGAAAAGAAGAUCCGCAAGUCGUGUCACUUCGGAGCCAGACUGCGUCUCUGGGAUAGCUCAAAUACCUUUAGAGAUAUCUGCAUCACACCUGCAGCGUUGCUUGUAUGGAAAGUGCCUGUGGCGUCCAUACAAUACAUCGACCCAACACUAGCUAUGUGCAUUGCCCUGUUGGGCAUGUACUUUGCUUACCGACUGAUACUGGCAGCUUCUGCCAUCCUCCUCCAGGCUACACCCUCGACCAUCGACACCAACAUCAUCAAAGAGGCUGUUGAAAGAUUAGACGGUGUCUUAUCCGCUCAUCAUGUCCAUAUUUUCGCGCUAAACGAGAAUAAGCUGGUCUGCUCGAUGCAUGUCCAGCUGUUGUCGCGGGAAACUUCUGGAGACAGGUUUAUGGAAGUUAUGCGGCAAGUCAGACGUAUUCUACAUACGUACGGAGUCCAUUCUGCAACGAUCCAGCCUGAAUUCUCUCUUGACGAGGCUGACUCUAUCCCAUUCUUAAAAGCUGAACAGACAGAAGGAGAAAAUUGGCAACGGCCAUUGAGUCUGGGGAACAAGUCCAAGUCUUUCUAA